GUUGGGACUUAAGUAGGUAUUGGAAAAUGGGGGAAAAAGAGAAGUUUCAACAGGAAAGAAAGACGAGCAUAAAAAGCAAUGGGCGUUAAGGAGCGGUUUGAGAUUAAUUUUGUAUUUGGUCUGCGAGAACGAGAACAAGAACGAGAACGAUUGUGAUUCAGAUUUGACAUUUUCUUCAUCUACAUGGCGCCCGCGAUGAAGAUCGUUUUCGCUCUUCUUACAUUUGUCACCGUCGGAAUGAUUAUAGGUGCUCUCUCUCAAUUGGCUAUCAUACGAAAAUUGGAAGAUUCAUAUGGCUCUGAUUCUCUGCCAUUUAGAAGAUUGCGUGGACUUGACAGCGAUGGUUACCUUCAGUUGGCAAGAGGUAUUCCUUAUUGGAAUAACGACAAGGAAGCAGAAGUCUUACGCCUUGGAUAUGUCAAACCUGAAGUGCUUAGCUGGUCUCCGCGAAUUAUUUUACUUAAUAACUUCCUGAGCAUGGAGGAAUGUGAUUAUCUCCGGGCUGUAGCUCUCCCGCGCCUGCAAAUUUCAACUGUGGUGGAUACAAAAACUGGAAAGGGAAUCAAGAGUGAUGUCAGGACCAGCUCUGGUAUGUUUUUGAAUCCUCAAGAGAGAAAAUAUCCCAUGAUACAAGCAAUUGAAAAAAGAAUUUCGGUGUAUUCUCAAAUACCAAUUGAAAAUGGAGAGCUUAUGCAAGUCCUGAGGUAUGAGAAGAAUCAAUAUUACAAACCUCAUCAUGACUAUUUUUCUGACACUUUCAACUUGAAGCGUGGUGGGCAGCGAAUAGCUACAAUGCUUAUGUACUUGAGUGACAAUAUUGAAGGGGGAGAAACAUAUUUCCCAUUGGCUGGUUCAGGUGAAUGUAACUGUGGUGGGAAACUUGUCAAAGGGCUAUCUGUGAAACCAACUAAAGGAAAUGCAGUGCUUUUUUGGAGUAUGGGGUUGGAUGGACAGUCAGAUCCGAAUAGUGUGCAUGGAGGAUGUGAGGUAAUCUCUGGAGAGAAGUGGUCAGCUACCAAGUGGAUGAGGCAGACGGCUCACUCUUGAUUUUUUGGCUGCAGUGUCACUCUAGAAAAAAAAAACAAAAUAACUAAAGGGAUUUCCCCAAUUAUAUUUGUCCUUAUAAAAAAUUAGUGAUUAAUAUAAUUAUUUGAUAGUGUUAAGCUUUAUUGAUCAAUAAACUACACCAUAAUCUGACAUUAUUAGAUGCCCAGCUAUGGUUUUAUUCGAGUUCCUGUUAAAUAUCUAGAAUGUCAAUUCGAAUAAACUGCGGUUAAGAUUUCAACCCAUAUUUUAAUUUAGUUGAAAUAUUUGUAUUUUGCGCAACA